AUGGGUGGGAACAGGGUGUCAUUCUUUGCUGUCUUUGAUGGCCAUGGAGGUGUCAAGGUGGCCGCAGCUGCUAGUGAAGAGCUACACAAGCAUGUGCUAGCUGCUGGUCUUGAUCUGAGUGAAAUCUUUUUGCAGGAGAGGAGCAGCAAUGCAAAAAGCAGACGGCAGGCUGUGUCAGAGGGAUUUCAGAGCACUGAUGCGGUGCUGCUGGAGAUGUGUAAGCGGAAUGAAUGGCAGGAUGGUGCCACAUGCGCAGCAGCCUGGAUCCUUGGAGACACUGCCAUUGUGGCCAACAUAGGUGGAGAUGCAAAGUGUGUUUUGGGAAGAAUUCCUUCUGAGGGAGGGGCCCCGAAAGCCAUCACCCUGACGCGCGAUCAUAAAGCAAUCUAUCCUCAGGAGAGGACGCGGAUCGAGAAGUCAGGCGGCUUUGUAUCAAAAGACGGCAGGCUUGGGGGCAGGGUCGAGGUUUCUCGAUCAUUUGGCGACCCUCUGUACAAGUCGGCAGGAAUGUCUGCAGUGCCUGACAUGAAGGUAUUUAAGAUCACAGACCGAGACAGGUUCCUGCUGCUGGGCUGUGAUGGCUUCUUUGGUGUCUUCAAUCCUGAUGAGGCAUUAUCAGCAGUUAUGAGGCACAUCAAUGAUGGCAGACCUGUCAAGAACAUUUGUGAGCGACUCAUCAAUGAGGUGAGGUUACUAAUCCAUGCUUAA